AAAAAUUUUAAAAAUAAUAUGAGUAUUUUAUUGGUUUUAGGUAAAAACAUUGAAACAACUAAGACAACUAAAUUAAACGCUGAAAAGUUACCUAUCCUCCCGAAACCACCAAAAUCUUUUACACAACCUCAUAUAAAAAAGAGAAAUCAUACAUGUGCAAAUCUCCUAUCAUCUUCUAUGGAACCCAUUAAAAGUUUAAAUGAAGAAACUCUGAUGUGGUGCAAUAAUAAAAAUUCCGAGACAGUUGUAGCCUCUACUUCUAUGAAUAAUGCAGAACAAUUUAAAUCAUCUAAUCUAUUCUUUAGCAGUGACAAUGAUGACAGUCCAAUCAAAAAAACAGAUGAUCAAAUAACUAGUCCUACACAAUCAACAAACUCAAUUGAUUUUUUCCGUAAAGAAAUAGAUGGUAAAACUACUAAGAAAAGAAAAAACAUUGUGACAUUUGAUGUUAGUCCGUCUAUAUCAACAAACUCUAUUGAUUUAUUUCCAGACGAAGGUGAUGGAACUAUAAAAAAAAAAAUUACCAAGCAAGCCGUUUUUCCAGCUCAUCUAAGUCCAACAAGUUCAGUUGAAGCAGAAUAUAACGAAACUCCGAAUAAGGUCAAGGAACAGUUUAACAUUGAAGGAGCUUUGAAGUUUCUCAUAAAAUCUCAAGUUCAAAUGGCUCAAAAGUUUGAGAUUAUAGAAAAUAACCAAAAACAAAUUUUAUUUUUAGUAAAUAAAAAUAUGACUGAUGCUCCAGCAGACAAAAAUUGGAAUAUUGAAUUUUCAACCACUUUUCCACUUCAAGAUAUUCAAUCUCUAAAUGAAAUAGAACAACGUUUAAUAACGGAUAUUGAAUUUAAAGAAAAAUUGGCAAACAGGAUCAGCAGUUUUAGAGGGUUAGAUGACAGCACAUUUAUCAAGUCAUCUUUAGAUAAUAUAUUCAGUGACAAAAUAGGUGUAUUAAUUUCCUUCACUGGUAGAAAACCAUCAAACACGGUUGAAAAAAAGUAUGCAAUGAAGAGUUCACUGCUGUAUAAACUUAUUUGUGAUGUUGGUCGAAGUCGUUACAAAAACUUUUCCGAUGAAAAAGCUGAGAAAGUCACUAGUAGCUGGUUACGUCAUUCAAUAGACCGUCUUAAACGUACAGCGGCACUAACAUAAUAACAAAGUGGUAUUCUUACUUUAUUUUUAUAUUUUAUUAAUUUUGAAAUUUGUAUAAGAAUUUGUUUAAUAUUAUUAUUAAGUUUUUAAUGUUUGUAUGUUAUAAUUAUAUAGGGUAUUGACUAUAAAUAAAGAGUACUUUUUAUUACGUUAUAAAAUAUAUUAUAUUUGCAUUUUAACUAUGUUAAUUCCUUUUCUGGAGUCUCAGUAAGUAAUUUAAAGGAGCGGAAAUUCAGAUUUGGUAGUGAGAGUGGGGAUUACCGAAGUGUAUUUCGUAGGAACUCCCUGGGAUUCCUUGUGUUACUAGGAAAGGACUCCCUAUUAAUUCCUUUUCUGGAGUCCCAGCAAAUAAUUCGAUGGAGCACCUAAGGAGCGGAAAUUCGGAUUUGGUAGGGAGAGUCUAGGGAUUCCCGAAGGGAAUUCCGUGGGCUCUUCCGGGGAUUCCUCGUGUUACUAGGGCUACUACCAUAGUAUUUGUAUAGUGUUGUUUUAAAAACGUUAAGUAUCUACCUAACUCAUAAAAAUAUAAACGUUCAAUAUUAAGUUAAGCCUAACUCAUCAAUAUUGUAAUAUAAGUAAGAGCAAGUGAGUAACCUUGUAUAAAUUUCAAGAAUAUUAAAAACUAUAUUAAAAAAAUAAAA